CGCUCUGAGCGGCAGGCUGCGCGCUGCCCGUGCCAGCGACGCACAUGAAUCCGGACUGAGGCGCAGGAAGAAGCGCAGACUGGCCGCUUCAUUCCGGGGUUCAUCGGGCGAAGCUGCUCCUUCAAUCUUUGAUCUAUGUCUGAUUCAGAGGAAAUUGGACUCUUUUUACUUUCCCUCAAAGCGCAUGGCCAGUUAUCCACUUAACUGGACCCAAAGCAGGUUUAAGAUGAAUGAAGGACUGGAGAACAACUUCACUCAUCUGUACGACAACUGGACGUUUUAUAACUCUUCCCCAGAGUACGUCACGCCCAGGAAGAACAUCACGUAUGUCGGAUACUACCUGCACCAGCCCGCCACCGCAGCCAUCUUCAUCGUGUCCUACCUGCUGAUCUUUGUGGUUUGCAUGGUGGGAAAUGGAGUGGUCUGCUUCAUCGUGCUGAAGAGCAGAAACAUGCGGACUGUGACAAACCUGUUCAUCCUGAACCUUGCUGUGAGCGACCUGCUGGUGGGGAUUUUCUGCAUGCCCACAACUCUGCUCGACAACAUCAUUACAGGAUGGCCUUUCGGAAGCCUGGUCUGCAAAAUGAGCGGCAUGGUUCAAGGGAUUUCAGUUUCAGCCUCCGUCUUCACUCUGGUUGCCAUCGCAGUUGACAGGUUCAGAUGCAUCGUCUACCCAUUCAAGCAGAAGCUCACCAUAUCCACAGCAACACUGAUCAUCGUGGUAAUCUGGGUUCUGGCCAUCUCCAUCAUGUGUCCCUCUGGCGUCAUGCUGCAGGUGACCAGGGAGCAAAGCGUGCGGGUCCUGCUGGGCUACGACAACAAGACCAGCCCCUUCUACUGGUGCAGGGAGAACUGGCCCAACCAGGAAAUGAGGAAAAUCUACACCACGGUCCUGUUUGCAAACAUCUACCUUGCCCCGCUGUCCCUCAUCGUGAUAAUGUAUGCCCGGAUUGGGAUUACGCUCUUCAAAACGGCCGUUCCGACUGGAGGAAAGCCGGGCCAGGACAACCGGCACAACGUGUCCAAGAAGAAGCAAAGGGUGAUAAAAAUGCUUCUGAUCGUUGCUCUGCUUUUCAUCCUGUCGUGGCUGCCUCUUUGGACUCUCAUGAUGUUGAGUGACUACGCCAGCCUGACAGAGCAGCAGUACAGGAUUAUCAACAUUUACGUCUACCCCUUCGCACACUGGCUGGCCUUCUUCAACAGCAGCGUCAACCCCAUCAUCUACGGCUUCUUCAACGAGAAUUUCCGCAGAGGUUUCCAGGCCAUGUUUAAGUUCAGCCUGUGCGCGGCGGACGGACAGCGCAGGAAAAGCUACUCGCACCGACUGCAGGGGAACUCCGUGCUCCCGGCUAAUAACGUACAGACCUCCAUGGAGCCGAUCUCCCUGAACAGCCUGGGCAGGAACGAUUCCAGGCCAGUCAACCACGUUCCUGAACGGGAACUGGUGAUGGAAGACCUGGAGAAGGGAUCGUGCAGUAGCGGUGGCGUGACUGCCGUGUCCAUCUGAUGACGCGUGUUUUCUUCAUUGUUAUUUAAGGAUGUGAUGAAAUUUCAAUCUGCUGUGCCUAUGAGAAGUAACAUCUAUCUGAAUGAGUUUUAAACGACAACGUCAAUUAUCACGUUCUUUUCAGUAGGGACUAAAGACGAUAAAGACGACAGGAUGAAAUUUAUUCUUGAGUGAAUACCCUACAUCUGCCGUUUACUCUAGAAAACAAUUGCAAAUGAUCAGUGUUAAUAGUGUAUUUAAAAGCUCAUUGUGCUAUUUGUAUCGUAAUUAUCAGUAAAGGGAAAACUAAGUGUCCGGUACACAAAUAAGUCAGUUAAGAUUAAGUAAUAUUCCACGUUAUUUUUUUUCUCCACUGUAGAUGCUAUAAAAGUAUAUGUUUUAAUAUAUAAAAGAUGCAGUGAAAAUUUAUGGGCUGUGAUACCUGCAGAGCAGAUUUCAAGAGUCUAAAUGAGACGUUAGAUUUUGGUUCUGGUAUAUUUGUUUUGAUAGAAGAUAAAAGUUAUCUUUACUAGAUGUUUAAAGACGUUUUAAUCUACAGGGUUCAGAUUACGCUUUAAUUUUAGAUCAUAAGAUUUCCUAAUACACGGCCAUAGUAACACCUUGCAAUAACUUUUAGCUUCAGAACUCCCUAAUUCUUCGUGGCAAAGGUUUGACAUGGUGUUGAAAGAUUGCUCAGAGAUCCUGUUCCAUUUAGACAUGGUGAGAUCACACAGUUUCUGCAGCUUUAUCAUCUGCAUUUGAUGCUUUAUGACGUAAAUCUUCCGUUCCACCACAUCCCAAAAGUGUACUACUGGGUUCAGAUCUAGACUGUGGAGGCCAUUGGGCUGCAGUGAGCCGCUUUUAAAAUUCAAGAAACCGGUGUAAAGCAGCACCGUGUAUGUUUUUGACCCAAGUAUUAGCUUAAUUUGCAAUAUAUUAAAUGACUUUUUCAGGUCAAUAUACAACACUUGGCACCUAUCAAUGCUUUGUGCGAGCUGCCCUCCUCAAAAACUCCCCUAUGUAACCUGAGAGGGCCAGAUUUGUUGCUGCCGUAACCAUUCUAGGUUAAAGCAGUCGUACUGCCGUAACAACAAAACAAAACAGAUGUGAUACCUACCUGAUCAGACAUAUUUUUGGUUCUCUGAUGUAGGAUUUCAUAUAGAGGGGUGAAUGUGGCCUUGUCUUUCCAAGUACCUCCACGACUUCUCAGUUUGCAGGUCCAAAGUGGUCUGCUAUCAGAUUCCAAAACACGGAGGGAGACUGUUUAAUUUUGCGAUGGUGCAGUACUGCCUGUGGCCUCCAGGGGCGCUAAACCUGGAAGUUACAAGUCUAGUGCCCCUAGUGGCUAAACGUUACAUGGUGAUUUAAGAUGUUUUGAGAUUUGUGAAAUGGUGCAUUAUCCUGCUGGAAGUAUCCACCAGAACAGGGGUCGGGAACGUAUGGCUCGCUCUUUUGAUGAUUUCAUCUGGCUCGCAGAUAAAACAAAAUAUCACUGCUA